AUGGAGUUCACCGUGGUGGCCUUUGUCGUGACAGCCUGCUCCUCCCUCCUGCUGCACUUGAGCAUGCGCUCGAAGAGCAAAAUGCCGGAGGCAAAGGAGGCUAACCUUAACGCAAGCUCAGCAUGUCUUUCACUCCUUCGAACUGCCGCUGGUCUUUUUUCCGAUGGACUUCUUGUCAUUGUUGUGAUGGUGACUGGAGUAUUGGUUUGGACAUCUGGCGGCGCAGCCGGCGAGAUUGCCGCUGCACCAGUCGCUUGGAGCCUGCUGGCGCUGCACUUGUCCUGCGCAUGGUUGUCCGGGCAUGUCGAAAAGACAUGUUGGAGAGCCUGCAGUGUUGGAUUAUUUUGGCAUUUCUUGGUGAUCACAUGCAUGGUUCUUCCAUGCGGCAGGGAUGGCGAUGUUCUUGGCCUCCCUUGUUUGAGCCUCGUGCUUGUUCCCUGCAGUGCAAUGCUGCUGGACUACCAGAGCACUAUGCUGUUAAGUUUGGUGAGCACUGGGACGGCAGCCUGCUGUCACGUGUCCAGGGCCUGGGGAGGGCUCGGAGAGCCGAGCUCCAGCUUCGACCGUUUGGUGCUUGCCUUGAUCUUGGAUGCUAUGACCUUCUUUGCAGCCUUCGCUGCCGCAUCUGCUCUUGCAUUCUGGCAACAACGGACCGCUAGCCGCGAGUCUGCGAUGCUUCGAGUGCUCACGGCCCUCUCUGAUGCACAAGUCACGCUCGACUCAGAGUUCUUCGUCCUUGACUCCUCUGCGAAGUUCCAUAACAUAGUGCGCAUGGAUGCUUCAGAUGCAAAGGCUAUGCAGGUCUUGUCAUUUCUUAGUUUUCUGCGCGACGAAGAAGAGCGACUCAGGUUCAAGAAUUUCCUUGAGAAGUCGUCUGAACUGAGCCAGGCGUCACCAGCGGCUGCCCUACAUCUCUCCAUGCGAGAUGCGGCUAACGAGCACAUUGAGGUUGAAGUGUUCCACUCUCCAGUGGGCAAAAACAUUCAUUUCCUGGUGCUGCGAGAAGUUAGUCAUUUGCGUGUGGCUACAUCGUGCAAAAUGACAACCGGCCUCGAUCCACUUCCAGCUGUUCCAGACAUUCAGAGCACAAAAAGUGGUUUGUCCAGGGCUGUGACGGCUAGCGAUGUCUCGUGCUCGUCUGUGAGGGACAUGCCCGAAUUCGAGAAGCUUGUCCUAGAUGUAGACGUUUCGGCCAGAAGGCUUGCAGUCAGGUCGGCAACGCUGAACUUCUCAGAUGAGGGGGACAUUCUGUCCUUCGUGGACUAUUUGGAGCCUCGUGUUCGACGGCCAUUUACAGAGUGGUUGAGGGUGCAGGCUGCGCAGGCGCAGGCGCCGCAGGCGGAGCCGCCGGCGCCAAAUUCCAACGUCUUUGGCAGUCCACUUGACUUCCGAGUUUCUGGGGCAGUGUCCAGUCGGAUGAGAUCCAUGAAAGUUCGCUGUGUGGGCCGAACAGGUCCAGGCCCAGAAGGGCAGGAUGAAGGCGGCAGUCAGGCAACCGUCGGCGAUGAGCUGAGUGAGGACAGCGAUUCGGAGCUCAGCGCUUUGCAACGACUCGUUGAUGAAGGUUUCGAGGACUUCGAGGGCAUUGAGGAGCUCCUCGCAGCUCAGGAGGACGCUUUGGCAAGACGCUGCCUUCAGGUGCAGGCAAGGAUCCAAUCCUUGAAGGCGCCCCGACCAACUUGGACGAGGAUUGAGCUUGAACAGUUCGUGCAACAGAGAUAG